GUAUUGUGGCAUUGUUUGCACUACAACCUGUGGAAAGGUCAAACAGUCAGCAGCUUCACAGCCUAGUGGAUAAGGCAUCCGCUAUAUUAAGCUCGCUGGAGUCCAUCGGCAAACCUGAGAAUAUUGUUCACGCUAUGGUUAUAUAUAUUAUAAUGGAAAAGUGUGAUCAGCAAACUCGGAACAAGUGGAAGGAAUCGCAGGACUACAAAACUCUGCCAACCUGGCUAGCAUGCACACAGCUUUUGGAACGCCACUGUCAGUUUCUCCAUUCGUCUGGAAACUCGGCUGCUACUUCGUCACAACGAAAGGCUGAAUCCAAUAAGUCAAAUCGUCAUUCUAAUCACCAAAUAAACUCGUCGUUUGCUAUCACUAAUCCGUCUUGUACACUUUGUUCUAGUUCUGGCCAUAAGAUCUCUAAUUGCGCUCAGUUCAAGGCUAUGAACAGCAACCAACGGUACGACAAUGCAAAACGCCUCGGUCUCUGCAUCAAUGGUCUUGGAAAUGGUCAUAGAGUGGCGCAAUGUUCAUCGACUCAUCGUUGCCGAUCCUGUAAUCGGAAUCAUCAUUCAUCUUUGCAUCACUCUCAGCCGCAACAGCCACCCCAAUCAUCAGCAGGACAAUCUUCAACUACUGAACCGGUACUCCAACCAGCGCAACCCUCCUGGCAAACAGCUCAUCAAGCUGCUUCACAUUCUCAUAUGGAGAUCGCAGCAGAUGAUCAAAUUUUGUUGGCAACAGCUAUGGUUUUGGUAAAGGAUGCCACAGCUUCGCCUUCGUCGUGAAAAACACCACAUUGGAAUUCGCAGUAUAGGAGACUCCCUUACUAGUUUGAAGGCUCGUACGACUACCUCUAUUAAGUCACGUACUUCCGGCUAUCAGCUCACUCUCCAGCUUGGAAUCACAUCCCAUAUUGCCUACCAGCCAGAUAGUGAGAUCGACAUAUCGAAUUGGAACCUACCAGCUAACACUCCAUUGGCUGACGAAUCGUUCUAUAGGACUAAACGUAUUGAUUUGUUACUGGGGACCGAAGCCUUCUAUGGAGCUCUAGCUGUUGGCCAGAUUCGCAUUGGUCCAAAUCUUCCCACUUUGCAGAAGACUCUUUUUGGUUGGGUUGUUGCUGGGAGGUACCAGCGGCAAUAUAACAGACAGCCACCAUUGUGCUUGGCGACUGUAGAAGAGUCGAUCGACAAGAAUUUGCAGCAAUUAUGGAAAGUGGACUCAUUUGUCGAUCCAAGCGCUAGAAUGCUCCCAAAUCAUCGUCGCUGUGAGGACCAUUUUAGGGACACAACACAUCAGGAUGCCAGUGGGCGGAUUGUCGUUCGCUUGCCAUUUCAAGAAGAUCCAAGUUGUCUUGGAAGUUCCUUCGAUACAGCUCGAACUCGAUUUUUUGCCAUUGAGAGACGUCUCGCUCGUCUACCGGAAAUUCGCUCGCAGUAUAUCUCGUUCAUGCAGGAAUAUGAAAGUCUCGGCCAUAUGUCCCUCGUACUGAAUCCUAACUUGGAAGAACCGCAUUAUUAUAUACCCCACCAUUUCGUUCUGAAACCAAGCAGUACCUCGACGAAGCUCAGAGUUGUCUUUGACGCCUCUUGCCGUACAACAUCUCAAAGGUCACUUAACGAUCUACUUUUAGUCGGCCCUACCAUUCAGGAUGAGUUGUACUUGCAAUUGCUGCGGUUCCGCAUGCAUAGGUUCGGCAUCACAGCCGACGUCACAAAAAUGUACAGGCAGGUACUUGUGAGUGAGAAGGAUAGAAAAUUCCAGUACAUUUUGUGGCGAGCAUCUCCAAAUACGCAUCUUCAAACCUACCAACUCAAUACAGUGACAUAUGGGACUGCGUCUGCCCCAUUUCUCGCAACUCGUAGUUUGCAUUACUUGGCUGAGGAUUGUAAGGAUGCAUGGCCAUUAGGGGCUGCUGCUGUUAAAACUGCAUUUUAUGUUGAUGACCUUUUGUGUGGGGCUGGUGAUAUAGAUACACUCUUCAAACUAAAAACUGAAAUCACAUCAACUCUCGCUCGUGGUCAGUUUCCAUUAUGCAAGUGGCAUUCAAAUCAUCCAGGCGUGAUGGAAGACGAAUCUACCAAGGAAUUAAACAUUUCAGAAAACUUAGUCAGCAGCACACUCGGCUUAACUUGGCAUCAACGAAGAGAUGCAUUUAGUUUCACAUUUAAUCCAAAGGAAGUCUAUCCCACUACCACAAAACGAACAAUUUUGUCUACUGCGUCGUCGCUAUUCGAUCCAAUCGGUCUGCUAUCACCGUUAGUCAUUGUCUCUAAGAUCAUUCUUCAGGAGUUGUGGCUUUUGAAACUCGACUGGGACGCGUCUGUCCCCCAGAAUUUAAGCCACGCAUGGAGCAAGUGUUUGGAAUCGCUGAAUUCACUGUCGUCACUAGCGGUACCUCGUUUUUGUUUGCAGCCUGAUACUAGGAGCAUUCAAAUACAUGGAUUUUGCGACGCAUCGAUUCGGGCAUACGGCUGCUGUGUUUAUGUGCGCACGGAGAAUUCGCUUGGACAGGUCACAGUGAAAUUGUUCACUUCUAAGUCUAGAGUAGCACCAGUGAAGAAACAGUCUCUUCCGAAGCUUGAACUAUGCGGCGCACAUCUACUUUCUCAGUUGUAUAACAAAGUCAAGGCCAUAUUCAGUAAACACACUAUCACAUCUUAUUUUUGGAGCGACUCACAGCUCGUAUUGCAUUGGUUGCAACAACACUCAGUCACCUUAUCGACCUUUGUUGGAAAUCGAGUGUCCGAUAUUCAGGAUUUAACGUCUGAUGGAAAAUGGCGCUAUGUGCCAACACAUCAAAACCCUGCUGAUAUUCUGUCGCGAGGCUGUAACGUGAGCGAGUUGAUUAAGUCUCCAUGGUUUUCGGGUCCUACGUUUCUAGUCGAAGAUUCACUAAGCUGGCCCGCCACUGGUGGAAAACUUGAUAUUGACAUGGACGUGGUUAACUCGGAGAAUCGGAAAAGUUUGUUUGCUGCCGUACACGAGACAAAUAAUAUCCUCAACAUCGUCGAUAAUAUCAGCUCGUACACUCACAGUCUGCGUCUCAUUGCUUGGAUGAUUAGGUUCAUAAGGAGAUGUCGGAAGCAAUCGACGUUUACCACAACCUCACCGACGCCAGAUGAACUUCGUUUUGCUUCACAUUGCCUUAUUUGGAACAUUCAACAAACUCAUUUUGUAGAGGACAUCCGUUUACUUCAGAAGCAAAAACCAUUAAAAAGCAGCUUAAAGUUUCUUACUCCCUUUUUAGAAGUCGUGAAUCAGUCCAAAUUUGUAUGGAACUAUAUUCGCCAUUUGCAUCUUCGGAACUAUCACGCUGGACCUAAAGCCCUAGUCGCUCUCAUUCGUUUGGAGUAUUGGAUCGUUAACGCCAGAGACUUGGCACGUAGAAUUGUUCGCUCCUGUGUACACUGCGUUCGCUACAGACCGAAGCUGCUACAACAACUCAUGGGCUCAUUACCGCCUACGCGACUCGCUCCGGCUCGACCCUUUGAACGCUGUGGAGUUGACUUUUGUGGACCCAUCAACACAUAUCUACGCAUUCGAGGAAAGGGACCUACAAAAGCAUACAUAGCCGUGUUCGUUUGCCUUCUCACCAAGGCCGUUCACAUCGAAGUAGUCUCUGAUUUGUCAACAAAGGCGUUCUUAAACGCAUUGAAACGGAUGGGAGGUCGUCGCAAGCUGCAGACAGACAUCUUCUGCGAUAAUGCCACUAACUUUGUAGGGGCAUCAAAUCAACUGCAGGAACUAAAAAAGUUUAUGUUUUUAAAGCAGACCCAAGAUGCAAUCUAUAAAUUUUGCGCAUCUGACUUUAUUAAUUUCCAUUUUAUUCCCCCCAGGGCACCUCAUUUCGGAGGCCUUUGGGAAGCGGCAGUCAAGAGUGCAAAGGGGCUGUUAAAUCGUACGCUGGCCAACACCAGGUUCACCUUCGAAGAGUUGAGCACUGUCGUCGUCGAGAUAGAAUCGAUCCUCAACUCGCGCCCGCUAUCGCCGCUUUCGUCAGACCCAAAUGACUAUAGCACUCUCACGGCUGGUCAUCUCUUGGUUGGCGAAUCAUUGCGAUCACUACCUGAAAGGUCCCUCGAGAAUAUCAAGCUGUCAAGUAUGGACCGCUACGAUGCGAUUACGGCCGUCAAGCAACGGUUUUGGAAGCAAUGGUCUGCUGACUAUGUCAACGAAUUACGAUCGCGCACGAAGUGGACAGCACCCUCAACGAACCUCACCGAGGGCACGUUGGUCAUCAUCCAUGAGGACAACCUGCCACCGCUACGCUGGAAACUAGGCCGAGUGCAGUCUACUGUGCUUGGGAAGGAUGGACUUGUACGGGUGGUGCACCUCCGCACUGCAAAUGGAACAUGUUGCAGGCCAAUACACAAGUUGGCAAUUCUUCCGGUGGUUUAAAAGCAGUCCUUUCAACGGGGCCGGGAUGUUCGGUCAAA